AUGAGUACUGCGUGGUUUCUGCCGUUGUUGCAGCUCUUUCUUUUAGUUGGAUUUGCGGCAGGAGAUUGUGAUGCACCACUGGGAAUAGAAAGUGGAAAGAUUCCAAACUCAGCAAUGAAGGCUGCCACUGUGUAUGGCGGAGCAGGUUGGGAGGCUUACAAGGGAAGACUCAAUCAUCAGACUACAUAUUUGGCCGGAAAUAACAACAAGGGCCAGUGGCUCCAGGUGGAUUUCGGCAAAGUUGUCAAAGUGACGAAAAUUGCCACCCAAGGUCGCCAUAAUGCCAAUCAGUAUAUCACAAAGUAUGUAGUCUCCUCAAGCCUCGAUGGUAGUCUUUUUCAGUUUCAAGAGCACAAGCCCUACACUGUCCCACGG